AUUUCGACUACAUGAACUUCGUAAAGUGCAUCUAACUAGCACACAUGAUCACUUUCAAAAGGGCCAAAACCAAAGAGAGCCGCGUCCCCAUUCUCUUUCUCAAAACCUUAUCCAAUGGCUAUCACCUUCUCCUUUCCCUGCUCUAACCUCUCCUUCAUCUCUUCUUCUUCCUUCCACAGACGAUUCCGAUUCAAUCCCCAAUCCUCCUCACAGCUUUCCUCCACUACCACCCUUCCCCUUCAAUCCCCUUCCCUCCCCAAAACUGGUGUCCUCGUCGUCGGCGCUGGUCUUGCCGGCUUAGCCGCCGCCAUCCACCUUAAUUCUCACAACAUUCCUUUCCUUCUCCUUGAAGCCUCCGACGCCGUAGGCGGGCGCGUCCGCACCGACUCAGUUGAUGGCUUUCUUCUCGACCGUGGCUUCCAAAUCUUCAUCACUGCCUACCCUGAAGCCCAGAAACUCCUCGAUUAUCAAAACCUCGACCUCCGGAAGUUCUAUUCAGGAGCUCGGAUUUUCUACAAUGGCGAAUUCCACACCGUCGCUGACCCUCUUCGCCAUUUAUGGGACUCCGCGCAAUCCCUCGCGAACCCUAUCGGUUCAUUUGUCGACAAACUACUCAUUGGCGCCACGAGAGUUCAGGUCUUGACCAAAUCAGAUGACGAGAUAUUGACUGCUGAGGAAUCUACUACGAUUGAUUUGUUGAAGCAAAUAGGGUUCUCCGAUUCCAUCAUCGGACGAUUCUUCCGGCCAUUCUUCGGCGGAAUCUUUUUUGAUAGAGAGCUCGAGACAUCGUCCAGGUUGUUCAACUUCAUUUUCAAGUGUCUCGCUCUCGGCGACAAUACUAUUCCGGCCAAGGGCAUAUCGGCCAUACCAGAACAACUUGCGUCGAGGUUGCCUUCAGGUUCAAUCCUGUUCAACUCGAAGGUAAAUUCAAUCGAUCUCGAUGAGUCCGAAUCGCCGACGGUGACAUUGCAGAACGGAGAAGUUGUGAGGAGUGAGCUCGGAGUGAUUCUGGCGGUUGAAGAACCGGAAUCUGUGAAAUUGUUGGCGGGAAGGGGCGGUUCGGUUCAGAAGACCCCGGUUCGUAGCACGGCCUGUUUGUAUUUCAAAGCAGAUCGCGACCAAAUACCGGUUCAAGAUCCGCUUCUAUUCCUGAACGGGUCGGGUAAGGGUAUAGUGAACAACAUGUUUUUCGCAACCAAUGUGGCUCCAUCAUACGGCCCACCCGAGAGGGCUUUGGUAUCCGUAUCACUGAUCGGGUCGUUUGAGGAUGUGUCUGAUGAUGACUUAACAGCUCAAGUUGUGGAAGAGCUUUCGGAUUGGUUUGGGGCGAAAACGGUUAGGGCAUGGGAGCACUUGAGAACUUAUAGGAUCGGGUUCGCCCAGCCCAAUCAAAAGCCACCCACAAACCUGAAGAAGAACCCAAAAAUCGGGUCGGGUUUAUAUGUGUGCGGGGAUUAUGUUAUCUCAGCUACGUUCGAUGGGGCUUUGGUCUCAGGAAGAAGAGCUGCGGAAGCUUUGUUAAAGGAUAAAGCAUUGGUUCGAGCGUAAAAGUAAUGUAUUUUAACUGAUAAAUAUUUUUUUGGUUAAAAAAUAUAGUAUGAUUCAUAUUUUCUUGAGGAGGAAUUAAAAACAUUAGUAACUAAUUUUCAGACGAGUUAAGAAUAUUUUUAUGAAAAAUUAAUUUUAUGUCUCAGUUUUGGCCCAAAAAAAAAAAAUUCUCUGGUUAUAGUAAUUAAUGAAUUAGUCCAUAGUCAUUACUCGGUAGCAAUCAUGAUUUGUCAAGUGAUCACAUUUGUUCCCAAUGUUAUCAGUUUUGCUUCCAAAGUUCCCAAUUAGUACUACAGACGAUAAGUUAAGAAGAACAUUUUCUGCUGAUAAGUUAUACAAGAAUUAAUUCUUGGUCGUGCCAUUGCUUGCUCUCAUUUAGAUUGGCUGUCAGUUUUGCAAAUCAAAGAUGCUCAUGUAUCACCCUUCUUGAAAUAAAUUUGGAGCUGAUGAGUGAUGAAUGGUUUAAGUACAUUCACUUGAUAA